UUAGAUAAGGAUUACAUCUGUUAUAGUGGUUUCACAGCCAUGCAAAAUAAGAAAACGCCAGAGGAUUAGUGACACACAUCAAGUGGAGCGAAAUAGCAAAACAGAAUGAGAGCGCGAGAUGCGGCUCGCCUCAGAGAUGAAAGAGAUGCUUGUUGCGACUGCUCAUGUUUGUGAAGAAUGCCUUAAAACCCGAGGAAAUCCAAAGCUGUGCAAUACAUUCGCACCGCUCCUUUAAGAUGCUUUAAUUUGGUUAGUCUUCGCUUCUAAGAGGUUGUUGCAGAAGGUUCCCCGAAGUCUAUGAUCCGUUGAGUACAUUCUGCCACAAGUACUUGUGUCAUCAAGGGAUGUAGUGCCACAGUCGAGUUUUUACCUAAUCCUCUCGCAGCUAAACAGCAGGACAUUUCGCUGUUCGGCAGGAAUUUUUGAGCUCAAAGAGUUUUUAACCAGUAUGUGAAUAAAGAAUCAGUGGUAGAGCUUUCUUGAGAAUGAAACUCUUGGAAUAGGUCUUUGCCAUUUUUUGUUUUCUUGUUGGAACUAUUGAAGCAUGAUACUGGAGAACCAUAGUUGAGCUAUUUCGAGCUAUUCUGCAAGAAGGGCGAUAUGGCAAAGCCCUUCUACAGACUUCAACGUUUCUUGCGAUGGACUCAGCUUCUCUUUUUGUUCCUCGGUGUAGCCUAUAUUAUGGCAGGAAGUGUCCUUCUUCUCCAGAGACAUGGGUUGGUGGUGUCACAACGUGGGAUGAGCAGUUAUUUCCCAAUGCCAUCUUUGCCAUCUCCUCCCAUGGCCCUGGAGGCCCCUGCCCUCCAGACUGGAUAUGGCUUGAUGGGCCCUCGUCUUACAGUUAAGGGAAUGAGAUAUGAAGAGAAUGCUGGACCACAGUGGCUGAUUUCACGAAAUCAGGAGAUCCGACACUUGAGGAGACGCUGGUUCCACAGUCUUAUGUCUGAACAGGAAAUGUCCCGAGUGGAGAAAGUGACUCCGAAGAGAAAAAUCAGACACAAAGGCGCAUAUGUUGGCUGCUUUCUGGACGAUGCCAAGGAUCGUGCCCUAAAAGGGAUGGUCUUCUAUGACUUUCGGAAAAUGACCAGCACCUUGUGUCAGGACACCUGCAUGGAAAGUGGGUACCAGUUUGCUGGCCUUGAAUAUGGGUCCGAGUGUUACUGUGGCAACCGCAUCACAAGCGCUCAGAUAAAAGAGGAGGAGUGUAAUUUGGACUGCAAAGGCAAGAAGGGGUCCAUCUGUGGAGGUGUGUCCCGUCUGUCUGUAUUCAAGGUGGAGGAGGUUCUUCCUGGCCAGCGGAGAUACAGGAACGUGCGCUACCGGGGGUGCUUCAGAAAACCUGACAACACAACAGCAGCUUCCCUGGUCCAUGUAGUCCAGCCCAACCUCACUUCCCAUUGGUGCAUUGAGACUUGCAUGGAUCAGGAGUUUCCUCUGGCUAUGAUCAGGAAGCCAGACUGUUACUGCGGCUAUGCCACACCUCACUUCACUCUUCAAGAUUCAGUGAAAGAGCAUCUCUGUGCUCUGGACAACAACAGUCUGUCUAUCAGGAGUUCCCAGAAGCUCUUUCUCCAGGUCUACCAGACACCUGUUCAAGACUCCAGAUGCACAGAGAAGAAGUUUCUACCGGAGAAGUCAAGCUCACUGGUGGCUUUAUCAAGUUUUCCUGGUGCUGGCAACACCUGGGUGAGGCACCUGAUUGAGCUCGCAACAGGCUACUACACUGGCAGUUACUACUUUGAUGGCACCCUCUACAACAGAGGCUUCAAGGGUGAGAAAGAUUACUGGAAAAGUGGACGAACCAUCUGCGUGAAGACUCACGAGAGCGGCCAGCGGGAUAUAGAGAUGUAUGACUCAGCAAUCCUGUUGAUAAGAAACCCCUAUCGCUCGCUCAUGGCUGAGUUCAACCGCAAAUGCGCUGGGCAUCUCGGUUACGCUUCUGAUCAGCAUUGGAAGAGCAAAGAAUGGCCAGAAUUUGUGGGUAGUUAUGCCUCCUGGUGGGCUUCACACAUAUUGGACUGGCUGCAUUAUGGAAAGAGACUGCUGGUGGUGCAUUAUGAGGAGUUGCAAGAGUCACUGGUGCCCACAUUGCAAUCCAUCACUUCUUUCCUCAAUGCCAGUGUGAGUGAAGAACGCCUCCUCUGUGCUGAGUGCAACAAGGAUGGCCACUUUAAACGCUCAGGUGCACGACAGCCUACUUUUGACCCCUUUACCCCAGAUAUGAAACGGUUGAUUGAUGGUUAUAUCAGCGCUGUGGACCAGGCUCUCAAAGCCAACAACCACACCGGCUUGCCACAGGAGUACCUUCCAAGAUGACAAGCCCAGAACUACUGCAGCACUCAUGGGUUUAUCAUUCAUGGCCCAAUGCCUAAACUAUGAUGUCUAGGACAAUCAACCAUUGGAGAUAUUUUGAAUCUUCUGAAAAUGUAAUUCCUCCCAAAGUGUGGUGGAAAAUAAUGGCAUUUAAUGCUGUACAUUACAUGGUGCAUUUGUGAUAAUUUAAUGGCGGUUUGUCUGUAGGUCAGUUAGUAAAGGGGCAUAGAGUAGUACUUCAACAUGUUGAACUACUGUGAUGAAUAAUUAGUAAACAUUAAAUGUGACAAUGGCAAACUUGAACUCUAAACGAACAUCUCUUGUUGGAGGCAAAAUUAAAUUUGUUUAAGACUUUUUUUAUGUAUAUGGGAGGAACUUAAAGUCAACAUGAAACAGUUUUUUGAUUCAUUUUUCUUAAUGUGUCAUAUUUUUUUCAUAAUGUGUCAUAUUUUUGAGUGCUUUAGAGUUCAACAAGAAAAUGUCAGCCAGGACUUGGUUUUAUCCACCGGGAUUGUGAAAAGUGAGUGUUUACGUAACAGAAUGGAGCCAAGCAGUUGGAAAGGAAAAGGUUGGGAAAAUAACAGGGAUUGGUGAUGUCAACCAAAAAGAAAAGUCGUUUCAGAAGUUAUAACAUUUUGAUAAAAAGCAUACAUUUUUUUCUUUAGAAAACUUGCAGUGUUUAAUUUUUUACAGUAAGACCAGGAACAUGCAUUAAAAAAGUAAACAGGGUCAGUUUUGAUUUAAGUGCUUAAUUGCUACACUUCAACUACAAUUCUACAAUAAUUCUACAAUAACAGAUGUAAUUUCUAAUUAAUUAAUGACAUGGUUAGAUUAGUUAGAUGAUGAUAGAUUUCUUGGAAACGUUAGCGUUAACAACAAUAAAUGUUAGAAUAACAACAUUACCAUUUUACUACAACAUUACCAGAUUUUAACUAUAUAUAAAACGCAGAAGCCGUUUGUUAUGGCUUGAGAGUUUCAGACCAUUUACAAGGCUAAUAAACACCAGGAUGUUUGUAACUAUAACAGAUGGUAAACAUAAUACCCAGUUCUGGAAAAUGACAUGCAGUAGCAGAAUGAAUAAACCACAUUUCCAUUGUAAACCUUCACCGAAGACUUGUAAACUAUGAAGAAUGACACAGCAAACAGCUUUAGCAUACAUCAAAGUCAAAUGGAUGAUGAUUGCCCCCAUCCUGCUAGCUUCUUUCAAACAUGUUGAGGAAGCUUUCAGCUGGACUAGACAAGACUUUCCUCCAAGAGCUGAUUAGCAUGCCGUCAGCAUGCUGCAGAUGUGUCUGGAUUAAGCACUGGUAUAAUACUACUUUAAACACUGCUGAACUGGGAUCAGCUGCAGAUUUAGACAAUGUCACUGUAGCGCUCAGUGGCAGGAUUCCCACUGGGAUCUACAUUAUUCAAAGAUGCACAAAAGAUCUAUCAGUUAGUAUAAUUUAUCACAGGCAAAUAAAAAUUUCUUGACAAGGUUAAGAAAUUCCAUCUUUCUGUUGUAAUUACAGUGCUUACAAGGCAAGUAUUGAUAUUCCUUUUCUUUUUAUUCUUCUGUCAUUUAGCCCGAACCAAUUAAAGAAACUGUCUCGGACCAAAUGUUGUUCCAGUUCAGAAAAUUGGUCUGAUUGAUUCAUUCACAAAUUGGACUAAUCCAGUUCUUGAGUUCUUACUGACUGACUCAUUGAUCACAGUUUUGUAACUGUUAGGGUGUACUCACACUAGGCCCGGUUGCCUUGUACCGUGCCCAAGCACGAUUGUCCCCCCUCUCCACUCCUCCGUUGGCCUGCACUCACAUUGCACUUAACAUUCCGGACCUGAGCAUGCUUACGUCAUUACGAUGCAACUUUUUGUUUUGAAGAAAACAGGAAGAAAAGCAGGCUUGCACAGCACAAUGGAGUCCAUCAUUGUAAUGUUACUUACUUUGUGGCGCGGUGACACACGGCCCUCUCACAUGCCUAAUUUUCGACAGCAUCGUACCACUGGAAUUUAUACUUUUCAUCUGAUGAGCUGCCAGAUUUACGGAGUGCAUCAGAUACUGAACCUGCAGUUUUUUCAGCUUGUCACAUCAUUGCUCAAUGGUUCUCUGGUAUCCACGAGCACAAAGAUAAUUCUUGGAGUUCUUGUGUGUUCUUGUGUGUUGUAUCCAGUUGUUCCUGUAUACUCUGGUCUGCCCAAAUUUCCAGUAAACACUGCACCUCUGCCGUAGACCAAAGUGAUCCCUUUGCCCAGUUGCAUCAAUGACGUCAUGUUUCGAGUUCCGUGCUCGGUCACGGUUAGCGAUCACACUAGUCAAACGAACUGGACUUUGGGAGUCAAACGUGCUCGGACACGGUACAAAUCGCCUAGUGUGAGUACACCCUUAAACAGCAGACAAACUGUCCAUAAUAUAAGAUCACUGUAGUCAUAUACCUGUAUAUGCUAUAUAUUUUGGAGGUUUUGUUAGCCUUUUUAAAAAUUGAAGAUUAAAGUUUGAAAAUCCACUGACUUUGAUAGAAUGUUCAGCAUUCAAAUUGUAACAGUUAUGAUGAAUAUAAAUUCAGAUUGGUCUGCUAUGUUACAUCUUUUUGCUUGCAUCUGUUUAGCCAUCAAUAGGCAUCUUUACACUGCAAGGAUGAUUGCAAAGAUGAUGCAUUAGUGUUGAUUAAAUUUACAAUGAAUUCAGCAAUUCAUUUGCACAGGACCAAAGCCUAAAACCUGAGCUUACCUAAAACUUGCAUCACUAUUCAUUUGCUCCCUUGCAUGCACUGGUAUUUCUUUAAGGAAUGCAAAUUUAAUGUUUGAGUUUGA